AUGGGAGUUGACAUUGCUCCGCUUUGGAAACCCCCCCGAGGUCGAUCCCAUCAGGAGGAAUACUCGCAGUAUACCGGGUCUGAGAAGGACCUCAACAUCAGCGCUUCCGAGGUGGCCAACUCCAGUAUUGUCUCUCUCUGUGCCACAUUUCUUCCAAGGUUCAUCGCCGGACCUCUUUGGGAUCUUUUCGACCCCCGGCAAGUCUUCGUCCCACUGUUGAUUCUCGGCUAUUUACCUGUCGGCCUCGCUCCUCUCGUCAGGAAUGCCAUCGGGCGUUCGACUCACUGGUGGGAAGAACGACAUGUCAAGAUACAGGAAAUUCUGAAUGCCUAUGGCCCAAUCAGCACAAGAGCAGUCAACACACCAAUGACAUUCACUGAGCUAUCACAUCGAGGCGAGGAAAAACCAGAAGCGACAGACGAUGAGCCGCGAAGCUGCCAGCAAAACCCCACCAUUUGUCUGGCAGAAGCGGCUUCCGUCGCCCGGGCCGAAACAGUUUUCAGGCCUUCAUCCGGAGCUUCUCUACCCGUGAUCUUUUCCCUCCAGACACUCUUCCACGUGGCUACCUACUCCUGCCCCUUUGGCGGCGAACUGGCGGUUAAUUCAAUGCUCAAUUCAUAUUACCACACCAACUUCCCGCACCUGAACCAGACCAAAGCUAGUGAUUACGCCACCAUCUUUGGCUUCUUAGUUCGGUCACCCGUCGUCCUGGUGGCAAGUAACGGUAGGCUUGUGCCAGCCCCGGGGGCAAGGGACCAUGUCUGCAACGAGGCCCUUUACUUUCAACCAAGCAGAUAUACUCUGGAAUGA